AUGGCGAGUGGCAGCGCUUGCGGGCCCCAGCCCGCGCAGGGGAACGGCGCCGUGGACUUCGAUCUGGACCUGCCCAGCCUCGAGGAGGCAUUCGCGUCCACUGCGGAGCCAGCGAAGCCCGCAAUGCGACGUUCUGGCAGCAUGGCCCAGUUUGAGCGGGCUCCCCACCCUUCUUCCUUGUCUCGCUUCGUUGAUGCGCAGCAGCACCUGGUGCCCAAGUCGGGGUUCCCUGAGGAGGCCGCCAAGGAGGGGCACGCCGACGACGCAACGCGCCAAGCCGAUGGAGAUGAGGACGUGCAAGAGGAGGCUGAGACAGAGGAGGACUUGAAAGCUAGGCUGCAUCGAGAGGCCACCAGGGACAUGUACACUAAGAUCGUUCACAUGAUGAAGCACACGAGUGUCAAGCCACCACCGCUUCUGCCUGAUGACGUUCCAGAGAUGGCAGAACCCGUUGAGGGCGCAGAUUGCGAGGGCGAGGAUGGCGCUGAGGAGGAGGGCUCACAAUCAGGAGAAGCUGGCCACGCUGCAGAUCCACGAGAUACCGAUGGCGAAGAGGCAUUGGAGUUCCUGAAGAAGAAGGGUGCCAGUGAGUUGUCUUUGCGUGCGAACUGGCCAGCCAGGUAUGGACCGCUCGUCAGGAUCAGAGGAACGAUCAACACCUACGUUGAGGAGCUUGCCAACCCAGAGUGGUUUCAGGAUUUCGUUCUCGGGGCGCUGCAUGCCUUGCACAGGCGUCUGCUCAAGCACGAGAGUAAUAUCGUCGGGAAGGUGACCCUCGACUAUCAAAUUGCCUACGCUCAGCUGGACAGUCGCUGUUCAUCUGUGAUUGGUCUCCACAAGGCGUUGAAGGCGUGGGUCGAAGCACACAUAGACAUGCUCUUGCAAUCGACCCUCGAACCAUUUUCCGUCAUAGUCGGAUACGUGUUGCGCCCUAACAAUGUCAUGUCGGAGGAGCUCAACAUCGUCUUGACUUAUGCUACGUUCCAGGGAAUGGCCAUCCACCUGAAAUCGGUCGGGCGCGCGAUUGAGGAGUUCGAUGCCAGCAUCCUCGAGGCGUUCGCAAAGAUCAUGGAGCUCAAGCCGCGCGUGGAGGAAACAGUGAAACCUGCUGAAGUGACUCACGUGAAGACCGAGGAGAAAGAGGAUGCGGCGGCCGCACACCAGUCGAAGAGAACUGCUAAUGCUAAGAAGACGGCCAAGCGGAUCGGAGAGCAGUUGAAGCAACGAGCAGUCAUCGGCCAGACACCCCUCUUCCACUUCGCGGCCAUGGUCUCAGAUGCCAUGAGAUCUUGGAUUGCGAAUCUCCCUGAGAGCAUCGCGAGAGACAACAUCAGCUGCUACGAUUUCAUUCUUGAGAUCGAGGUCAUCGCCGAGAAUUGGGCCCACAAGGAGGAGCUCAUUCGGAGCGAGCUUGAGGACGAUUCGUUUUCGGAGGCUUGGCGGUGCGUCAACCACGUCGAGUCUUCCAGGCCUCCAGCUCAAGGCGUGCGCAUCGCAAGGGAAGUGAUCCUCGAUCAGAUGAGGCAGCAACGCACGCCAGCAUCCGAGUGGGCUCGCACAAUGCAGGCGUUCCCCCUGGGCAAAGCGCUGAUGGGGGCCAGUCGCCUCCACGUGGCCCAGAGCAUCGAGGACGAGACAGCGACGAAUGCUUUCCAAGCAGCCUCGGCGAAGUUCGAGAAGGCUUUCGCGAGUUGCUUCGACGACCUGGAUGGCUGGAUGACGCAGGUGCGCAGCAGCGCUGCUGAUGCAGCACUCGGCCCCAUCAACGACCUCUUCAGCCACAUGGGCGUCUUCUUCACCAGCGCGUUCGGGGCGAUCAAAAAGUGGGGUACGGCGUCGGCCCAUUCCAACCUGGACUUCGUGGUUCGCAACCUCGAGAACACCAUGGUCACGAUCAGGGUCGGCAACUACGUGGUCAUUGACAUCUACAUGGGGAUGGUGGGAUCGCUCGCCCCAGGUCUCAGCGACGCGCUCUUGGAAUUUAUCGGGGCAGGCGAUGCUCAACUGCAAGGUGAAGUUUUCGCGGAAGCUGCAGCAGCCCAGGGCGAUAGCGAGAACAAGGGGAUGAUUCAGACGACUGCAAAGGCCUUGCAUGAUGAUACCAUCGAGAAGUUCAGCACCUCUGUCUCCAAGUUCAAGGCAAGCUUGGAUACCUUCACGAGCACCCUGAAUACCAUGAACGACAGGUGGUAA